AGUAUGACGUUUACUCCGUUUGCACUUAUUUAGUGUACGAAAACGAAAAUAACUGGACAUUGAUUAUUAAGACAAAUAAAUUCGUGUCUUCUGGUUGUGCUGGGAGAGUUAUUCACCUAGUUAUUUCAAACGUCGUUUCAUGAUUUGAUUUAAAUUACGUAGAAAUUGAUAAUAAUAUUAUUGAUUCAAUAAAAUAGUUUUAUGUAAACUUUUCCUUGUGAUAAGAAGUUUUAAAAACUGUGGUAAUCAUUUUUACGGUUUAUAGUAAUUUUACAGCUUUUAUCGACAUAAACGGCUUAGCAGUUUUUUUUUUAAAUUAAAGGAGAUGCGUUGGCAACUAAAGAUGUCAUUUCUCGAAUAGGGAUCUAAUUGAUGUAGGCAGGCCGGCCGCAUGGGUCGCGGCGCGCGGCUGCGGCUGGCGCUAGCGCUGGUGGCGGGCGCGGCGCUGCUGUGGGCGUGGCGCGGGCGCGGCGCGGGCCGCUCGCUCAGCCCGCGCGACCUGGGGCAGCCCGUCGAGGGCCGCGACUUGCCGCUCAUCUUCAUCGGCGGCGUGCCGCGCUCGGGCACCACGCUCAUGCGCGCCAUGCUGGACGCGCACCCCGACGUGCGCUGCGGCCAGGAGACGCGCGUCGUGCCGCGCAUCCUGCAGAUGCGCCAGUACUGGAUGAAGUCCCAGAAGGAGAGCAUGCGCCUGGAGCAGGCCGGCGUCUCUAAGAACGUCAUCGACAACGCCAUCGCCGCUUUCUGUCUCGAGGUGAUCGUGCGCCACGGUGACUACGCGCCGCGUUUGUGUAACAAGGAUCCCCUCAUGUUGAAAAUGGGGACUUAUGCCUUAGAACUGUUUCCCAAUGCCAAAUUUAUUUUUAUGGUGCGGGACGGCCGGGCCACUGUGCAUUCUAUAAUAACACGAAAGGUGACCAUCACCGGGUUCGACCUGUCGAGCUACCGGCAGUGCCUGAGCAAGUGGAACCGCGCCGUGGAGACCAUGUACCAGCAGUGCCGCUCGCUGGGCCGCGCGCGCUGCCUGCUCGUGCGCUACGAGGCGCUGGUGCUGGAGCCGGCGCGCACCAUGCGCCAGGUGCUGGCCUUCCUCGACGUGCCCUGGGACGACGCCGUGCUGCACCACGAGCGCUACAUCAACCAGCCCGGCGGCGUCGCGCUCUCCAACGUGGAGCGGUCGUCGGACCAGGUGGUGCGGCCCGUGAACCUGGACGCGCUGGACAAGUGGGUGGGCGGGCUGCCGGCCGACGUGCGCGCCGAGAUGGCCGAGCUGGCGCCCAUGCUGUCGGUGCUGGGCUACGACCCGUGGGCCAACCCGCCGCGCUACGCCGACCUGCUGCGCGCGCCGCACGACCCGCACGAGCCGCACGACCCGCACGCGCCGCUCCCCCCCGCUGAGACGCCCCGCCCGCCCUGACAACAGCUUUAAAUA